AUGCAGCAAGCUUGCGGCACCGAAGGUGGCUUAUUGCGGCUGGCACAGCUUCUUCGUGGUAUGCCAGAGGGGUCUCGCAACUUGGCACUCCGCCGGAUACCCGAGGAUGUGCACGAGGAGCACUUUGAGGCCGAGUUCGGCGCGCAGUUCAAGGGUUCUUGCCCCGUUGAUGACACGGAGGAAUCAGAUGCAAACAUGGACCCCGAGGCCUACGUUGACGGCUUGCCUGAAGAAGCUGGACUCGAGGCUGAUAUCGGCGAGUUCAUCCAAGCUGAUGGCCUGCCAGAAUCUGUUCACUAUGGGGGCAAUGAAGAUGCUGAUAUCAAUCAUGUCAAGGAUGACAUGGCCGAGGUCGAUGCCACCAUGGAUCUGGGAGAGGAGCUUCCCGCUUAUGAGCCGGAGCCUUUCAAAGCUUUGCUGCAAGAAGAAAAAGAAGAAGAGGAAGCAGACGACGAAGCAUCAUGUGAGCAGCUGGAGGAACCUGAGCUUAAGAAGCGCCCAGCUGCAAAUUCAAAGGCAAAGGCUGCCGAUCGACAAGUGCAGAAAAAGCCGGCAGCACGAAGGCCUUAUCCCAAUGAGCUCUGUCCAGGCAGGCGUGGUCAGCCAUGUAUCUUCUCAACAUCUGCUGCCGGGAUUCCAGCCGGCAUCCAUCCAAAACGUGGGCAGAAACAUUGCAUGUUCUGCGACCCGGCAGAAUUGAGAAAGGCAAUGUCUUCGAAGCGGCCCAAGGUGCUUCCGACCUGGAAGACGCUUUCCGACGAAGCGAAAAAGUUGGCGCUGACUCGGAUGGCGCGCUGGGAGGGCGAAGAAAAGACUCAAGAAUUCAAAGUCAAAGCACAGAAGGUGCGCACAAUGUGUGCUCAGCAGGAUUGGAAGCAGCUGCUCGAAGCUCGGCAAAUGUUGCGAGCACCUUUGGAUGAAGAAGAGCUGAGCCAAUAUGAGAGAUCUGUGCAGCAGGAUCGCCAAAGGGCGAGGAGGAAGGUCCUAUGCCCAGAGCACAAAGGCAAACACAGCGCCCGCAAGCAGACCGAAAAGGAGCUAGCGGAGAUCCGCGCGCGGUGUGGCGAGAUUGCGGAUGUUGCGGAGAACGACUGCGGCCUGCCUGCCCCAGAGGACCCCACCGCUCGCAUGGUUGAGGCUUGGUGUAAACGAGGCUCUUGGGCCAUGUGCGAGACUUGCCACUCGCUGCAGCCGCAGAACCUUGAGCCCAUGGAUCUCAAGCGGGUGAAGAAAGCUACUAUCUCUUCCAAGCAGUGCACGGCGUGCAAGCACCAGGAGUACGUUCCAACUUUGGCGGAUGUCCCGGGGGCUCUGCGGAAUCUAGCGCCCGGGGUCCUGCAAGCUCUGCGGCCGCUGGAUAUCAACACAGGCCCGGCGGUUCGUGCAGACUAUGGCUAUCGAGUUCACAUGAGCAUGAUGACCUUUGCGUGGUCGCCCAGAAGCGUGGAGAGCAAGAUUAAAAAGCUCCAGAAAGCCGAUCGGCGUGUGGCUCGAGCGGCCCUGAAUCAUCUUCUGAGUUGCCAAGAUAGCGACUACGGCACCUUCUAUGACAAGCAUUUGGAGUUCCUGCAGAGGCACGGCAGAGAUGCUGACGAGAAGUUGCGGAAGAGGCCACUACGCUUCAUCGAGCAAGAAGGUCUGGAGUGCGCGCUGUGGCCCCGUCUCUACUGGCACCGCAACCUUUGUGAAACGGUGGCCCGGGCCUCGCAUGAGAGUCGACAGACUCGGAAGCGCAAGGCCAAGCGCCAGACUGUGGAUUCGAGCAGUCGUGAUGAGGAGGGAAGCUCGGAAUCCGCCGCCGCUCCAAACAGGCCCGGGGCAGAAAUCCAAGAGAGCAAGUUGGGCCGGAUCAAACGGGGCUUCCUUCGAAAAGUUCUUUCUCCUGUCAUCGGCUACGGCAUGGACUAUGACCUGCUGCACUUCGUCUACGAUUUGAGCAUGUGGACCACGGUGGGCACGAAGAAGAACAUUGCUCGGCAAACGGAUGUCCCGCUGCGAGUGGUGCUGAGCAGCUGCCCGUGGACUCCGCAAUAUUGGCGUAUCCGCCACUUAGCUGUGAUUGACAUGCAGCGCCAAUGUGGCAACGCUGCCUUGUUUCGCACCCGUGCACCCUACGAGAUGACCUUUCUGUACCACGAGUGGGUGAUGCACGAGCAAAGAACAGCGGGUCGUGCUCGAAUGCAUUUGGCUGGAGCAGAGACCCUGCAUCAAGCUCAUGUCUUGCUGGAAUUGGACAAAGGCUUCAUGUCAGGCGCCCGAGGAGAAAAAGGUCGAGCCGAUCGAGUGUGGCAGGAUCACCUGCUGGGCCCAAUGCCGCCGAAGAAUGUGCAGACGGUGUUGAGUCGCGUGACCCGGCUGGAGUUUCAAGAUGGGAAAAGAAAGAGCGCCACAAAGUCCUAUCAUGGCAGAGGAACCACCCACAGUCAUUCUCUGGACUUCCUUCAAAACAUCAAGGACAUUGGUUUGGAGAAGAAGCUGUCUGCGCACUUGCCAAACAAGAAGCGGCAUCCACUCUUGCAUGGUCUCGUCAUGGAUGGGCAAAGAGACCGCACCAGUUCCAAGCUGCCUGUCCGAUCGCGCUCAUCAAAGUGGGAUGACAAAACUGGGAAGGUGCUCCUGAAGCACACUGAAGAAGAUCAGGACUUGCACCUGCGGGCCUACUUUCCCACAACGAUGGAAGUCACCAAAUGCCAUGAAGACGUCCAGCAGCCGGAUGGCAAUGGAGCAGUGCUCCGCUACGUCGCCACCUACUCGCUCAAGUUCAGCGACUCCAUGGACAAGGAGUGGCUCAACGAGCAGGCUUCGGACUACAGUGUGGCCCGGCGGGUGCUCUUCAGUUAUCACCCCCUAGAGCCGGAGAUGUGGCUGACACUGGCACAAGAAAGGUUUCCACAGGUGGACUACCAGGGCACGCUUGUCAACCUUUUUGUGCCGCUGCCGGACGUCGAAGACGACAGCAAGCCCAAGCUCUUGCAGAACUACGAGGACGCGGUCUGGCGUCGGGACAACAUGCCUCUCAUUGAGUUCUUGCCGAAGAGCAACGAGUCCGGCGACAUCUUGCGGCACAUCAAAGAGAAGCAUUUCCAGCAUGCGGCCAAGAUGGUGGAGGAAGCCAUGCUUGAGGCGGAGGUGCCCCCAACAGAAGCUGCCAAGCAGAGUGUAGAACUCAUCCGCAGCUACAAGCGGCGCGCCAAAGCGGAAGCGAACUUCGGCACCUUGGCGGAAUUCGUGGAGGCCGAAUGGGAUGUCUGGCUCCCGGAGAUUGAAGAGUAUGCAAACGCUUACAAAUGCCAAGCCGAAAAGAUGAUUGCGGCCAGCAUGUACAGCAUGCUCAACGACCGCUACUACGGACAAUGGCUGGUGUUGAACAAACCCUUUGUUAGAUUGAGAGAUUUGAUGGACGAGUUCGGUGGUCAUGCCGACCGAGUGCCACCCCACUAUCGCUACUUUGCAAUGGCCUUGAAAGCGGAUCCCGGCUUUUGGAAGAACGACGAAAAGAUCCGAGAGCAGAUGGAGCUCGAGGCAUACAAUCGAGCCAUGGUGGACACCAUCUUGCGCAAGAUCAAAGCCCAGAGGUGCUUGGUUGGUCGAUACCUCAGUGGGGAGCUUGACCUGGCCGACGACAACGAUUCCGACGAUGACAGUGGCGGUGAGGAGGCCGGGGACGAGGAGAAGAAAUACCAGAAGCCCAAGACGGUGCUCACGGCCUCUCAGAGGAAGUUGCGCGAUUCCAUGAAGCCUUCCAUAGAACGUGCUCUACAAGCUGCACAAGCACAAGAUGACGAAGAACAGGAGAGGCUCAUGGCAGAAGCGCUGGAGUGCAACAAGAUGUUGUUUGCCAGCGGGGGCCCGGGGAGCGGCAAGACCUUCGUCUUGCACGAGCAGAUUCGGCGCUGGCAC